AUGGCGUCUCUGUCUCCGCCGGAAGAGGCUGCUGCUUCUUAUCACCACCGUCAGUCUAAGAGAUAUUCUUCUUCUUCCUCCUCCAACGGCGUCGAAUCGGAUUUCCCCAAACGACCCAAAAUCUCUCAUCCUCUACCUCAAUCGUCGAAUUUCAUUUCUUCCUCUGAGAUCGAAUCAGAGUUUUCUCAUCACGAUCUUGUUUUCGCAAGGAUCAACAACGGUAGCUUCGGUUGUUGUCCUUCUUCCAUCCUCUCCCUCCAGCGAGAUUGGCAGCUCCGGUUCCUCCGCCAGCCCGAUCGAUUCUAUUUCGAAGAUCUCAAACCCAAAAUCUCCGAAUCCAGAACCGUAAUCAAGCGUCUUAUCAACGCGGAACACGACGAUGAAGUCUCAAUCGUCGACAACGCAACCACCGCUGCUGCAAUCGUUCUCCAGCAAACCGCUUGGGCUUUCCGGGAAGGACGGUUCGAGAAAGGUGACGCGGUGGUUAUGCUUCACUACGCUUAUGGCUCUGUGAAGAAAUCAGUCGAAGCGUACGUUACACGCUCCGGUGGACAGGUCAUUGAGGUACAGUUACCUUUCCCUGUUGUUUCCGCGGAUGAGAUUAUAGACCGGUUUAGGAACGGUUUAGAGUCGGGUAAGGCGAAUGGUAGGAGGGUUAGGUUAGCUUUGAUUGAUCAUGUGACUUCUAUGCCUAGUGUUGUCAUUCCAAUCAAAGAGCUUGUUAAAAUCUGUAGAGAAGAAGGUGUUGACCAGGUUUUUGUUGAUGCUGCUCAUGGGAUUGGGUGUGUUGACGUUGACAUGAAGGAGAUUGGUGCUGAUUUCUACACUAGUAAUCUUCAUAAGUGGUUUUUCGCACCGCCUUCGGUUGCUUUCUUGUAUUGUAGGAAAUCGAAUAACGGUACUGCUCCUGAUUUGCAUCAUCCUGUUGUGUCUAAUGAGUAUGGAAAUGGCUUGGCGAUCGAGAGCUCGUGGGUUGGAACUAGAGAUUACAGUGCUCAGUUGGUGGUUCCUUCCAUUUUGGAGUUUGUGAAUCGGUUUGAGGGAGGGAUUGAUGGUAUAAAGAAGAGGAAUCAUGAGUCUAUUGUUGAAAUGGGUCAUAUGCUGGUUAACUCUUGGGGGACUCAGCUCGGCUGCCCGCCUGAGAUGUGCGCGAGUAUGAUCAUGGUCGGGUUACCCGUGUGCUUAGGAGUGUCGAGCGAAUCGAAUGUUUUGAAGCUAAGAACCUUUUUGAGAGAAAGGUUCAGCAUUGAAAUCCCAAUCUACUUCAGACCACCUGCGGACGGAGAGAUUGAUCCGAUCACGGGCUAUGUGCGCAUUUCUUUUCAAGUUUACAACAAACCCGAGGAUUACCAUAGGCUCAGGGACGCAAUUAACGAACUUGUGAGAGAUGGGUUUAGAUGCACGUCUCUAUCUUGUUGA